AUGAAAGUGGGAAGACUGGUCCAGCUAGUGACCCUGCUACUGUGCACCGCCACUGUCAAAGCCAUACUCAGGCAUGCCGCGAAUGUGAGCGCACAAGGAAAGUGGGCCCUCGAAAGGAAAGGGAACUCGAGGGACAUGCAAUUCAUGGCCAGUAAAGUAAUAAAGGGGGUAACUCAUAAUAGGAAAAUCUCUCCACACUCAUCGCAUUCAGAACACAUGGUGAGUGAGGGAAAUGGGCUAGCAGAAGAGACAAAUAGAAAAGGGGAACCCCUUGGAGACAUUUGCUUCAUCGCAGGAGUAGGAGACACCAAUGGAUACGGGUGGGGAAUUGCAAAAGAACUGAGCAAAAAAAACGUAAACAUAAUUCUAGGUGUAUGGCCACCAGUGUAUAACAUUUUCAUGAAGAACCUCCAUAAUGGAAAAUUUAAUGACGACAUGGAGAUAGGGGACGGUAGAAAAAUGGACCUUCUCGACAUCCUUCCCUUCGAUGCUGCAUUUGAUUCGUUUAGUGAUAUAAAUGAGGAAACGAAAAAGAAUAAAAGGUAUGCUAACUUAGAAAAUUAUUCAAUUGAAGAGGUUGCAAAUUUGGUUUAUAAAAGGUACGGGAAAAUAAAUAUGUUAGUUCAUUCAUUGGCUAAUGGAAGAGAAGUGGAGAGGAGUCUACUUGACACAAGUCGAGAUGGUUAUUUGGAUGCACUGAGUAAAAGCACCUAUUCUCUAAUAGCUCUAUGCAAAUAUUUCUGCCCAAUCAUGCACCCCGAAUCGAGUGUGAUUUCAUUGACUUACUACGCGAGUCAGAAGGUGGUGCCUGGGUAUGGGGGAGGCAUGUCAAGUGCUAAGGCAGCAUUAGAAUCUGAUACGAGAACUUUAGCCUAUCACCUGGGGCGAAAGCACAAAAUUAGAGUUAAUACGAUUAGUGCCGGGCCUCUUAAAUCAAGGGCAGCAACUGCCAUCAAGAAGGCCAAUGUGCAACAAGGAGAAAGCGAAACGGAAAAAAAAAAUUUGGCAUUUAUAGAUUACGCCAUUGAGUACUCAGAAAAGUAUGCACCUCUUCAGCAGAAGUUGUAUUCCACAGACGUCGGGGCCGUGGCCGCCUUUUUGCUGUCCAAGGAAAGUAGAGCAGUCACUGGCCAGACCAUUUACGUGGACAACGGGCUCAACAUUAUGUUCGGCCCCGAUGAUUUGUUUCAGGGCAGGGGGGACUAG